UCUGGGCCUGUCCCGGUUGCUGACGGCGGGUUCUGUCCCUGCUUGUGAUCCCCGGCAGCGCCCCUGACCCCGCCGCAGAGUUUUCGGAAGCCAUGGAGCGGCACAGCUCCAUUCAUCCGUUGCCCGAGGAGAUUCGGAAGAUGUCCCGGGAUGAGACAGUGUGUAAAUACUGUGGAGUCAGCUAUUUGAUACUACAUGAGUUUAAGAUGAUGGAAGACAAAGUAAAAGCAAUGGAAAGGGAGUUUAAGUUUUAUGAAGGAAGUCUAGAACGAGAAAAAGGACUUCAAGCAGAGUUGCAGUCUCUUUGCCAAGACCUUGAACACUAUCGAGCCGACAGUGAAUCAAAAACAGAAAGAAUAAAAAACCUAACAAUGGAACUUAAAACCAAACAAGAUGAAUUAAAAAACAUGAAAGAAGAUUUGCGGUAUUUCCAAGAAGAAAAGGAAGCUGCCUAUAAGCAAUCACAAGUGCUCAGAAAUACAUUGGAACACCAUUGCUCAACUCUGAACAAGGCUGUCUCACUGUUUCCUUUUAUCAGAAGUGAACUAGACAGUGUUAAAGAAGUCAUCUCCAGUAACCUGGAGAACUGGGCUGCUAUGAAAGAAGAAAUUUUUCGACAAAUAAAAACCGUUAGCAAAGAAGCUUUGACGGAAAUACCCAAAUUGAAUCAAAGAUUAGCAAAAUCCCAGAAAGAGAAUGAAUGCCUCCAGGAAAAGGUGAAACAUCUCAUGUUGGUGGCCGAUACAGUUGAGCUGAAAACUGAACAGCUUCAAACUUCGCUUCAGCAAGGGAAUGAGCUACAAAGUAGAUGUCGUGAACUACAAAAGGAAACCUUAGAUUUAACAAAUCAAGUAGAGACAAUUGGACUGAAGCUGCAGAAAGUAACAGCUGAAAUGGACUACUACAAAAAGCUGUCAAUGGUGAAAUCAGCGGAACUUGAAGUCUGUCAAAAUGAACUGAAAAAGAUGCAAUACGAAAAUGGAAUUACUGAGUCAAGACUCACAAAAGAGCUCAAGGAAAAGGAGGAAUCUCUUCAAAUUUGCCAACAAGUAUGCAAACACUUACAGGAAGAAGUGGCUGAGAAAGAAAGGAAAGAAGACAACCUAAAACGAAGAACUGGUCGAUCAGAAAGCGAGCUGGAAGCGCUUAAAGCUCUCCUUAGACAAACAGAGGAAGAGGUGGUGAUGUUGAAACAAGAGAGGGAGUUAAUGCUGAUUUCUCAUCAGAACAGAACAGAGCAGCUGCAGGAAACACUAAGACAGAAGAUGCGGAAUGAAGAUAACUGGAGGGAGAAGAUGGAAAUUGGUCUGGCUAAAGGUGAAGCACGACACAAAGAAGCAAUUCUUAAAGUCAAGGAAGAAGCAAGGGUGGAGCUGGACAUUGAAAGACAAAAACAGCAAGAACUAAUCACAAAAUACCAGAGAGAUCAUGAAGAGCUCCAAAAGAAGAUACCAGGAUUAAUAUCCAGUGCCACCAGCAGCUUAAGAAUGGAGACCGAAAUUCUUGAAAAGAAGCUACAAGAUGCCCAGAUCAAACUUGCAGAGAAAGAUGAAGAUAAGGAAAAAGAAAUUCAGAGCCUUAAAAGACUAAUUACUGAACUUGAAUUUCAGCUGACGAUGGAAAAGAACAAUAAUGAAUCAUUUCUGGAUAAUAUGAGGAAAGAAAUUAAACACAAGUCAGAUGAACUGGAAAAAUUAACCCAGGAGAGGACACAGCUGAUUCACAAUUUGAGUCGAGUUCAGGAGGAGAACACUCUUCUCCAGGAGACGGUGCGCAGAGAGUGUGAGGAACGCUAUGAGCUGACUGCAGCUUUGACUCAAGCCAGGGAACAAGUACUGGAACUAAAAAAACUCAGUGGAAACUUCCCUUUAUCGCCGUGUUCCCUGACUCAGGGCAGCCUAACCUCCUCUGCUGCCCUGCUCACUGAUUACGGACAGAAAAGCCGCACAAGCCCCGGUGCUGGGAAGGAAAUCAAUCUCUCCAGGCAGUUUGGUAUUUCACGAGCUGCUAAGGCAGCUACGUCCGGUAAGCGUAACAGCAGCGGCAGCGUGGGCUUGCCAGCUCUGACCCCACCACAUCCUCCAAGGGGAAGGGCAGCUUCACUGAAUGAGCCCAGGAGCAGAAUUGCUGCAGCCAUAAGACGACGACUGAGUCAGCUCUGACAGCUACACACACAUACAUAGCAUGUGGGAAACCUUUUCAGUCCAUCAAAUGAUCGUUUACUGGUGGACCCCUGAGGCCAAAUCUUAGCUGAUGCAAUUCAUGCAUUUAUAUUUAACUUGCACGUAUUUUUGAUGCAAUAAUGUUUCUUUGUCCGUUGCAUAGCAAUGUAAUGAAAUGCUAUCUACAUUUCAAGACAAGAAAAGUAAAAAAAGAAACAAUACUAUCUUUCCAAGAGGAGCACAUCUUCGAUACAUGUAAUUAAAAUAACUGCCAAUUUCAAAUACUGUUUUCCCUAACCACUAUUUUCCUAUUUUAUGUGUUCUCCCAUGUAACUUAAUUGCUUGUUUCUCGUGUAAAAAUGUGAUUUGUUCGGUUAGAAUCAGACUUUUUGCAAUUAUUCAGUUGAGUAGUGGUAUAAAUGCAAAUAAUUAUGUAUAGGUCAGUAAGACUCGGUAGUUGUCGCGUGCAUAUCACUCAGCAUGAAAAUGUGGCAAAUCUGUGCACUCGGUAGAUUGGCCGUUGGCAGGGACGCAGCUUCCUCUGUGUGCAGGUCUUCAAGCUGUGCUAAUUAGCAAGGAGUUGAAGAAUUAAUACAUCUUGUCCAAAAGAUGGUUGUCUCUUGAAUUUCAUCACAAAAGUGUCUUUAUUGAGUGGGAUUUUUAGCUUCAAGUAGACAUACUGGAAUUCUCUAUGAAAUUGUUACAGAGGAAAAUCAAUGAUUUAAUUUUACUGCUUAAUACAUGGAACUAUGGUUUGUUUUGGAGCAUGAAAAGCCCAGAGAAGGCUCGAUUGUCUUUUUGCGCAUGCAGACACUGCUCUUCGAAUCAGGCAGGUCUGUUCUUGGGGUGGU